GGGAGGCCGAGAAGGAAGCGGAUCCGCGGCCGCGCAGCUAAACUGCCACCAACUAUCCGCUUCGUCUCCCUCCGCCACUAUCGGGGCCUAAGCGGGAGCUGCUGGGACGGCGUCACUGGGUGGGCUGGGGCGGAAGUGGAGGCGGAGGGAGACGGCGGCGUUGUCCGCGGGGCCUUGGGCUCUGGCGGCGAGGCCUUGGUGGGCGCGAGGCAGGGGGAGGGGGAGGAGGAGGAGGAGCCCGCGGCCCGGGCGGCGGCGGCUCUCGAGUUCCCCGUAGGGCUCCGCCUCGGAGCGGGCGGCAGCGGAGGAGGAGACUGAGGAGCAGGAUGGCGGCCUCGGCCCUGUAUGCCUGCACCAAGUGUACCCAGCGCUAUCCCUUCGAGGAGCUCUCCCAGGGCCAGCAGCUCUGCAAGGAAUGUCGGAUUGCGCAUCCUAUUGUAAAAUGUACUUACUGCAGAUCAGAAUUUCAACAAGAGAGCAAAACUAACACAAUUUGUAAGAAGUGUGCUCAAAAUGUGAAGCAAUUUGGGACGCCCAAGCCUUGUCAGUACUGUAACAUUAUUGCAGCAUUUAUUGGUACCAAGUGUCAACGUUGCACAAAUUCGGAAAAAAAAUAUGGACCACCUCAGACCUGUGAACAGUGCAAACAACAAUGUGCUUUUGAUCGGAAGGAAGAAGGAAGAAGAAAGGUUGAUGGAAAGUUAUUAUGCUGGCUCUGUACUUUAUCAUAUAAGAGAGUUUUACAGAAGACAAAAGAACAAAGGAAGAGCCUGGGAUCUUCACAUUCAAAUUCAUCUUCUUCAUCUCUAACUGAGAAAGACCAGCAUCAUGCAAAACAUCACCAUCAUCACCACCACCACCAUCGUCACAGUAGUAGCCAUCACAAAAUCAGCAAUCUAAGUCCAGAACAAGAGCAGGGACUGUGGAAACAGAGCCAUAAAUCCUCUGCAGCAAUUCAGAAUGAAACUCCAAAGAAAAAGCCCAAAUUGGAAUCUAAGCCAUCUAAUGGAGAUAGUAGCUCUAUAAAUCAGUCAGCAGAUAGUGGGGGAACAGACAAUUUUGUCCUUAUAAGUCAACUGAAAGAAGAAGUGAUGUCACUUAAGCGUCUCUUACAGCAAAGAGACCAGACCAUUUUAGAAAAAGAUAAAAAGUUAACUGAACUAAAGGCAGACUUUCAGUACCAAGAGUCAAAUUUGAGAACAAAGAUGAACAGUAUGGAAAAAGCUCACAAAGAAACUGUGGAACAACUUCAGGCCAAAAACAGAGAACUACUCAAACAGGUUGCAGCAUUGUCAAAGGGUAAAAAGUUUGACAAAAGUGGAAGCAUACUAACAUCUCCUUGAGAAAGCAAUUAUUUGUUUAGUGUUUCUGCUUACAGUGUAAAUUUGGGGGUGGGGGGCGGAAUUCUGUGAAGCCCUAAAAUUCUGUGUAGUGGAAAAAUAUUUUUGCACACCAAACGAAUUGGCGUGUUUCCUAUUCACUUUUGUAACUGAUACACAGCAUUUUUUAGGUUGUAAAACAUUCAAAUAAAACUUCAACUGGUUUGAA